CGUGUUAUCAGUGGUACUGGUACACUGUCCUUAGAUACAUCUCGAAGUAAGUACUCAGUAGAACUCAGUAGCUUACUGUGGUCGUUACUGAUCAGUACACGAUAUUGUUAUAUUAAUAUUGGUGUUCUAUUUUAUAGAAAAAAAUUAAAAAACAUAUUUUUUAUUUCUGGAUAUUUUUUUUUUGACAAGGAAUUUGAAGCAAUGGCAUCCUCAACUCUAGAACCAGGCCAGGUCAUCAAGCCAAUCAUUAACCAUGAAGAAGUGAAGCUGCUGGCAGAGCGGCUCUAUGGCAUCUCAGUCUUGGAGCUAAAGGAACUUAAUGGCUAUGAUGACAAGAACUACAAGAUCUUGGAGGAUCCCAACGUGAAGAACCCGUUAAUCACAACGCACUGUGAACAUGGAUACGUGCUGAAGAUCAUGAACUCCAUGGACACCCAGAACCCCUCUGUCGUCGAGGCUCAGAAUGAGAUUAUGAACUUUUUGGGUACUCGCUCAAUAACUUGCCCAAAACCGAUCCGCAACGUUUACGGUCACCUGCACUCCAUCGAGAAGAUCGGAGGGAAGCAGCACGCCGUCCGACUGUUGGAGUACGUGCCUGGAGAGCUGCUGCAGGGAGUGCCCAAGUCUGAGCAGCUGUACUACCAGGUCGGAGAGUUCGUGGCGAACCUGGACAACAAACUGCAGAACUUCAACCAUUCUGGGCUGGUGACCCGAGAGCACAUGUGGAUGCUGACCAAGGUGCCUGAGCUGGAGAAGUUCAAGUACGUCAUCAAGGAUGCUGAGAAACUGGAGCUAGCUGAGGAGGUUAUAGAAGAGUUCAAGUACGCAGUGUUGCCGCGGCUGGAUGAGCUGGAGAAGGGGGUCAUCCACGGAGAUGUCAACGAGAUGAAUAUACUCGUUGGCCUUAAGGAGGGGGGCAGCAAAUCCGACUAUCGCGUGACCGGAAUCAUUGACUUCGGUGACAUCCAGUACUCGUACUACGUGUUCGAGCUGGCCAUCACAAUGACCUACAUGAUGCUGGUCUCUGGCGACCCUCGCGUCGGAGGCUACGUCCUUGCAGGAUACACGGUCAACAGGCGUCUGCCUGACGACGAGUACAGGCUGCUUAAGACGUUGAUUUCGUCCCGCUUAGUCCAGAGUUUGAUUCUUGGAGCUUACACCAUUGAACAGGACCCUAACAACACGUAUGUGACAUCGACGGAGAAGGCGAAUGGUUGGGAACUUUUGAAGAAGAUCCGUAAAUCGAAACCUACAGAAAAUUUAGACCCUACCGAUUGGAAGGAAAUCGCUAACGAGUACUUGACUAGAAGCUAAUUUGCUCAGUAAUAAAGCGUUUAUUUUUGUACAAAUUAUGUUAAAAGUAUUUUUUAUCUGUAUAAUUCUUCUUUGUUAGUAUUUGGAAGUAUUUAUGAUUUUUUAGUGCCUAGUAGCUUAU